ACAACUUCACAUUUUGUUCGAACCUCACAAUCUCAUUGGUUCACAAACAAUCUCACAUGAUCAGCUGGUCAGUCAACAACUAAAUAUUAGUGACGAUCAUAAUAUACAUUUGAGACGGUACCAUCCGUCACUAAAAACUCAAUAAAACAAUAUGGAGGCAUAUCCAAUGCCAAACAUCUUCGGCCUCUCCUCAACGAUAAACCCAAUCCCUAAAUCCCCUCACCUCCACAUACCAACAAUAAUAACAACCCCCACAUCUUCUUCCUCAUCACUCACUCCAACAAAAAACCUGCAACUCUAAAUCUUCCAACAAUGGCGUCUGCACCAUCACCAGCCUCUCUCUCCUUCCUCCCCACCAUCUCCUCCUCCUCCACCACCACUUCCCGUACCCCCACCGUCCGCCUCCACUCUCGCUUCCUCCGAUCUCCACUCCGUGGCCUAGGGUUUGCUGCCGCUGAUACGGCUUUCUCCGCACACGUGGCGUCGAAGCUCCGAUCGUGCUCCACUUCUGUGAAGCCUAUCUCGCGCGGUGUUUUUGCGGCGAAGAAGAGUGUUGGUGACCUGUCUCCGGCGGAGUUGAAGGGGAAGAAGGUGUUUGUACGGGCGGAUUUGAAUGUGCCGUUGGAUGAUAACCAGAAUAUUACUGAUGAUACGAGAAUUAGAGCUGCGGUUCCUACUAUUAAGCAUCUGAUUAGUAAUGGUGCUAAAGUUAUUCUUUCUAGUCAUCUGGGUAGACCAAAGGGUGUUACUCCCAAGUACAGCCUGGCUCCUCUCGUUCCCAGACUAACCGAACUCAUCGGUGUUGAGGUUGUUAAGGCUGAUGACUGUAUUGGUCCAGACGUUGAAAAGCUGGUGGCUUCACUUCCUGAUGGUGGUGUUCUUCUCCUUGAAAACGUGCGGUUCUACAAAGAGGAAGAAAAGAACGAUCCUGGGUUUGCAGAAAAGCUUGCAUCACUCGCAGAUCUUUACGUCAAUGAUGCUUUCGGAACCGCACACAGAGCCCAUGCCUCCACUGAGGGAGUCACAAAAUUCUUAAAACCAUCUGUUGCCGGUUUCCUUUUGCAAAAGGAAUUGGAUUACCUUGAUGGAGCCGUUUCGAACCCAAAGAGGCCGUUUGCCGCCAUUGUUGGUGGUUCAAAGGUGUCAUCCAAGAUCGGUGUUAUCGAAUCCCUUUUGGAAAAGUGUGACAUUUUGCUUUUGGGUGGUGGUAUGAUUUUCACAUUUUACAAGGCACAAGGUUUAUCCGUCGGAUCUUCGUUGGUCGAAGAAGACAAACUUGAUCUUGCAACCACACUCCUUGCAAAGGCCAAAGCAAAAGGUGUAUCGCUGUUGUUACCAACCGAUGUGGUGGUCGCAGAUAAGUUUGCACCGGAUGCAAACAGCAAGGUUGUGCCGGCAGCUGCUAUCCCAGAUGGAUGGAUGGGAUUAGAUAUCGGUCCGGAUUCCGUCAAGACAUUUAAUGAAGCUUUGGAGACCACCAAAACUGUCAUCUGGAACGGACCAAUGGGAGUGUUUGAGUUUGACAAAUUCGCAGUUGGAACUGAGGCGGUUGCAAAGAAGCUAGCUGAACUUAGCGGAAAGGGGGUGACUACAAUCAUCGGAGGUGGUGAUUCCGUGGCAGCAGUAGAGAAGGUUGGAGUGGCGGAUGUGAUGAGUCACAUCUCAACGGGUGGUGGGGCAAGUUUGGAGUUAUUGGAAGGCAAGGUUCUCCCGGGUGUCGAUGCUCUUGAUGAAGCGGUCGCAACUGUCUCUGCGUAAGACGUAGUUCUAAAUCGUGAUUUGAUAUUUUUUUUAAUGUUAACUCACCAUGCUGAUGGUUAAGUGAGUCUGUAAACAAGAAGACGAGUUUGUUGUAGAUGUUUCAUCAUAAAUUUAAGGUCCUGUUGUUGUGUACCCAAGAACAAAGGGCGUUUCAAGAUCUUAAUAUAUUGGUUUUUCGGAAUGAAUUAAAAUAUCUGAUGAAUUA